AAGCCAACGUUCUUGAAGCUCCACUUGAAGGGUGAAGAGACUGAAGUUUCCCGCGAAGACGAAGAGCGACUUCUCCAAGACGUCGUUGAUGAGUGUGCCUAUCAAGGCGUUCUCAUCACUCGUGCCAAGUAUGUUGUUGAGCAAGAGAGACACUGCCCUAAGCCUAGUAUCAAAAUCUACGCUACUACUGGUCUUACAAAGAAAGAGACCGAAAAGGCAGCUUCUGUUGUCAAGGCUGCCAUUAUCAAGGUAUUUGGCAAGUGGAGACGUGCCUAGGAACCUUGCCUGCAAAACCGGCGGCCCCAAACAUUUCCGGAUUGAUACAAUUUGCGUUUAAUUUUGUUGCUAGCUUUAAUAAUAUAUAAUUUUCGUUUCCAUCAUUGGGUGAGCUGUUAUCGAGUAUUUUUUGAAGGAUGGUUUGCAAUAGCUUAUACGAACUUUAGCAGUAUCAAGGUGUAUGGCGUGUUCGAUAGAAGCACCAAUGUCGGGCAAUGAGUGGCAAGCGGGGGCAAAACGGAUCAAGCUCGAGUUUGUCGACGUCAUCAAAAUUUUCAAUAAGCCAAAAAAUAACUACAGGCAGAGCGGUCGGUUACUAGCACCAAGUACAGUCAACAUGCGUUUUACAAAGUCUCUUUUUCAAGCUGUUACCAAGUCCACCACAGGCCUCGCUGGUAUUCCAGUUCACCCAAACCCUCGCCCACAUUUGAUCAGCACAUACAACGCCACGUUGACUGCAGCUUCACGUCUCCCUGCCACCGCCGUCUAUCGUCAAGCCGUUGAAUCUGUCACGCAACAUCGCUUGUCCGUCGUCAACGCUACCGAAAACGUCAAUGAAAUAGAAGAGCAGUUGAACGCUGGUCAGAUUGAAGAAGUCAUCUUGCAGGCUGAAGAUGAGUUGAAGUUGCUCGCCAAAAUGGAGGAGUGGAAGCCUUGGGAGAACCUUGAAGUUCCCACCCCAAAGGGUCAGUGGGAUUAUAACGGAACCAAGGAGUAGAGCCCAUACAUGUAGUAAUUAGAGCCUGUUGAAUACCGCCAUAACAACCCACCUAAAAAGAAAAAAUUACAAAUCUUUCAUUACAACCAAAGACUCU